CAGUGCCAGGUGCUGCCCGGGCUGUGCGCCUGCUCUGGAUGGAAGCUGCCCCAGGACUGGGCUAUGGCUGCCACUAUACUGGGCUGCAUCGCUCUGCUUUGUGCCACAGGACUGUCCCACGCAGUGCAAGUGACGAUGCCUGACCACAAGAAAGCCGUCAUGCUGUUCCAGUCAACCUUGUUGCGGUGCCAUUACGCCACCACCUCGUCUCAGCCUGUCCUCGUCCAGUGGAAAUACAAAUCGUUCUGCCAGGAUCGUACAGAGGAGGCUUUAGGCAUCGGGAAAGCUCCCAGCAAGGCCAACAUGGGUGGAAACCAGUAUCUGGACUGUGCUGACGGUAGCAGGACGGUGCGACCCGUGGCCUCCAAACUGGGAGACAGCGUGACCCUGGGCGACUUCUACAAGGGACGGCCCGUCACCAUCGUUAAUGAUGCGGAUCUUCAGUUUGGCACUGUGCAGUGGGGAGACAGCGGCCUCUAUUACUGUCUUGUUGCCGUCUCCGACGAUCUGGAAGGCAAAAAUGAGGAUCGCGUCGAGGUCCUUGUAAUGGGCAAGACAGGGGUGCUUGCUGAUCUGUUGCCCAGUUUUGAAGUGGAAUUUAUGCCAGAAUGGGUGUUUGUCUGCCUGGUCAUCGUCGGCACAUUCCUCUUCUUCGCCAUGGUGGGCAUUUGUUGGUGCCAGUGCUGCCCCCACAGCUGUUGCUGUUACGUUCGCUGUCCUUGCUGCCCGGAAACCUGCUGCUGCCCAAGAGCCUUAUAUGAAGCGGGCAAGGCUGCAAAGGUUGGCUAUCCUCCCAAUGUUCCCACCGCCUGCCCUCCAUAUUACAUCUCCACAGUUCCUGUUGCUCCAGUCCCGGCACCGAUGCUCAUGGAAAAACAGCACGUUCCGCCGCUAGUGCAGAGCGACUCGUUAGGAGGACAAAAUGUACGUAAAGGCUACCGCAUCCAGGCGGACAAGGAGCACGACUCGAUGAAGGUUCUGUACUACGUGGAGAAGGAGCUGGCUCAGUUUGAUCCGGCGCGCCGGAUGCGAGAACGAUACAGCCAUACAAUCUCAGAGUUAAGCUCUCUGCACGAAGACAACACUCACUUAAACCGCUCCUAUCGGCAAGUCCGCAGAAAGCCGUUACCUGCCAGUUGCACCAUUGAUGGAGAUAAGGAAUACUGGUCAGGGGUGGUCGGGGCCACAGCCAGAGCCUCAACAUGUCCCAAAUUCCGAGAUGACUUCAGGAGUAGUCUUCAAAGACCAACAUCAGAGGUCUUAGAAAGGAAAGCGUUCCCAAUGGCAGUCCAAGCCACCUCUACGGACGAAUUAGCUGUAUUUGCAGACUCAUAUAAACAGAGGUCCCGUCGGACUGACAGCCGAGGUCCUGGGACUGGGCCAAGGUUUGAGAGGUCUGAGUUGAGAGGAAGAUCUCUAUAUCAGGAUAGCUCAACCGAUGACUACUAUGGAAAGAGAAACCACGGCAGGGAACUGUUUUCAGACAACGAAAGAGGCUGGUCGUUCAGUCCGUCUCGGAUACGAGCCCCAGAGGACAAGCUUCUGCCCAAAAGGAUAUCCCGAAUGGGACAGAGUUACGACGAUGCAUACCUUAGCAGUGUUCUUGAAAGGAAAUCAAGGGUAUUGAGGAAACCAGCAUAACACCCAUCCAAACUGAGCUUGCGGCAAAAUUCAAGUCGCGGCUAUGGUCGAUCUCCAACGUUCAAGACAGGAGACAGCAAAGAUCACAAAGUUGAGGAAGAAGAUUCACUUCCUCCGUACAGCGAGAGAGAGCUUGCCAGGGCUCUCCCGUUUCGCUCAAGAGAACACUCCUAUCUCAGCGCCUCAGACAAGAGGAAGAAAAAGGACCACCAACCAAGUAAAACAGUGAGAAAAGCCUUCUUUUUUUACAUGAAUGGGUCACAGGCCAAAUGGGGUUGGCGGGCUUUGUCAAAAAUUUAAAAAAAGUGGGUAGAAUGCGUGUGAGGACACUAUUAUACGAUGUUGGUGGACCAUUAACAUGAUACUAAUUGAGAAACGCAUGCUGUAGAAAGGCAGCUCCUGUUUGGUCACAUUUCGAAACAGGGACUUUUUUGGUCCUCUUUUUCGGGUUUGUCAAAAUAAUCAAAAAUAACACAAGAAAAACUUGGGCUGUUUGGACAAUUCUCCAUGCUAUGGACAAUGGGUGGUCAAUUAUGUCUUUUUUAUAUAUCUAUUCUGUAUAUUCGGCUCCAGAUGUAACUUGUCUUGUGCAGGCAUGGUUGAAAUCGGGAUAAAUGUUGAGUUGAAAAUCUUUGUAAACAAAUAAAAAAAAAAAUUGCAAUGUGGGCGUGCGGGUGGUUCCACCCUUUUAGAUUUCUGUGGUUAUUCUAUUGCUGUUAUGGAACAUAAGGACGAACUGUUGUAGAAACAAAAACAAAAAAGUCAAAAAGUGAAUACCGCAUUGUCUGUGCAGUUUCGAAAAGCUGCUCCAAAAAAGACUUUUAAAUUCAGCUGACCAGAAAUCUAUUUUUUUUUGCCACAGUAAAAAACAAAAACAUUCUAGACUUGUACAGAUAUGAAAAAUGUUUGUGUUGCUGCUGCUAAUUAUUUUUGUUCCUAAAUUAAUUUACAUGAAUCUGUAAAUGUGGGCAGCUUUUUA